CUUGCUUGAGUCGAGUCGAGUCUGUCCAACACACUUGACAGUCGAGCGAAAAAUUUGGUGGGCUCUCCUUCGAAAAGGUGCAAAAAUCGUCAUCUGCGUAUCGAAUGGUCAAUUUUACCACCGUUUUCAUCCUGGAUCAGGAUAGUUUCUAGCACAUUAUCUGCUGCCCCGUUUCCGCCACCAGCCGAGCUCCAACAUGGCCGGCCGAGGAAAAACCAACAUAAACAUUGAGGAGGAUGUUCGCAUCGCCAUUCACUACAUGAUCGACAAGUUCGUCCAGGACGAGAAGCUGAACGAGUUUGACUUUCCGGCUUCGUUCACUCGGGAGCACCGGGCCUACAUCCACGAUUACGUCAAAAACAAAUCGCUCAAGUCCAGGUCCCAUGGGAAAGGCAACCAACGCUACCUGACGAUCUACAAAUCGAACAUCCUAUCGCUAAUCCACGACGAUGCAAGCCUGGACAUCAGUGAGAAUUCGCAGAAGACGAUUGAAAUGAUACUCCAGAAGCAGGGCCCCUUCCAAAAGGAACUGGCAGACUCCUACGCGCGGCGCAAGUUGUAUCCCACCCUGACAUCCUACAGUCUGAACCUGGGAUCGCCGAACAAUUCCGUCAAAUGCAUCCCGCCACCGACAAAUUCCAGCAUGCAAAUCAUCCAGGAGCGGCUUCGGCUGCCGAUUGCUCCCUACAGAGACGCCAUUCUGAACUGCUUGGCGCAGAAUCAGGUAAUGAUCAUUUCGGGUAGCACCGGUUCCGGCAAGACUACCCAAAUUCCACAGUUCAUUCUCGAGUCUGCCACCCAACAAGGCGAAGUCUGCAGGAUCAUUUGUACUCAACCACGACGACUGUCGGCGAUCACCGUAGCUGAUCGAGUCAGUUACGAGCGGAAUGAACAACUUGGACAGACAAUUGGCUACCAGAUUCGACUGGAAAGUCGACUGAGCCCGAUCACCAACCUUAUUUUCUGCACAAACGGUGUUCUACUUCGAUGUCUAAUGGGCAAGAAUUCCACCAGUAUUCUGAACGACGUGACCCACAUCAUCGUGGACGAAGUUCAUGAACGCGAUCAGUAUUCGGACUUUUUGCUGAUCUCGCUGAAGGAGAAAGUCCUGCAGCACACGAACAUCAAAGUUAUCCUCAUGUCUGCCACCAUCGAAUCCAAUACAUUUUCGCGCUACUUCAACAACUGUCCACUGAUCGAAAUCCCCGGAAGACUGUUCCCCAUCGAGAGCUACUUCCUGGAGGAUGUGCUGUACCGAAUCGAUCGCUACAACGCCAAGAUCGACGAAGUCAAACGACAGUUCAAAAGCACACCUGACUUUGCCCGAGCGCUGGCGCAAAAUCCGCACCGGACGGAGCUGGUCAACACGGCAAACAUGGACGACGAGACGAUUCUGCUGAUGAACGACAUCCUCGAGUUGUGCUGGAUCGAGAACAAUCCGGAUGAUUUCAAUCACUUUUUCUAUCUGGUUGAGGACGAAAACAAUCCGAUCAAUUUCCAGCAUACCGAAACGAAGAUGACGGCGCUUAUGAUCGCCGCGGCAAAAGGAUACACGAAUGUGGUGAAACGUCUGAUAGACAUGGGAGCGGAUCCGAUGAUCAGAGGCAAGCACAAUUUUACUGCGCUGGAUUGGUCCGUCAGCAUCAAUGGUUACAACGCGUGUUCGCAGAUGUUGGAUAUGGUCACUCAUCCACAGCAACAGCAGGUUCAGCAGCAACUUCAACAGCCGCUUCCUCAGCUGCAAACCCCGCCAAGACAGCUUGCCAAGGUACUUCUCGAUGUGUAUCACAGCACGGUGAACGACGAGAAAAUUGAUCACCGCUUGAUUCUGGACAUCAUCAAGUAUAUCUGCACGAAGCUGGCGCCGGGAGCAAUCCUAGUGUUUCUCCCUGGCUACGACGACAUUCUAGAGCAGUAUGAAAUGAUCAAUUGUGGAUUGAGCGGAUCGUCGAACUUCCGAAUCUACAUGCUGCAUAGCAAUAUGCAAACUAACGAUCAGAAUGCAGUGUUUAAGCCGGUUCCGCCGAACACCAGGAAGAUCAUCCUUUCCACGAAUAUCGCAGAAACUUCGAUUACCAUCGAUGAUGUGGUGUAUGUGAUCGAUAGUGGAAAAGUGAAACAAAAGCACUACGACUCGGUUACAUCGACAACCUCGUUGACGGCGACGUGGAUUUCACAAGCAUGUGCAACCCAGCGGGCCGGACGAGCCGGUCGAACGAAGCCCGGUGUGUGUUUUCGAUUGUUCACACGGCAAAGGUUCGAUGCGAUGGACAAGUUUACACUGCCGGAGAUUCUACGCGUUCCGUUGACGGAGAUUUGCCUGCAAACGUCCAUCAUUGCCAGCCACACAUCGAUUCUGAACUUCCUGAGCAAAGCCAUACAGCCACCGUCUACGAUGAGCAUCAAACAGAGCAUCAAGCUACUGCAGAAGCUAGGCGCACUGGAUGACGACGAGAACCUGACGGAACUGGGAUUGAUUCUGGCGGAUCUGCCCGUGGAUGCGCGAUUAGGAAAGAUCUUGUUGUACGGAAUCUUUCUGAAGUGCAUCGACCCGGUGCUGACGAUUGUCAGUGCGCUGAGCGUGAACGAUCCGUUCGUGUUGCCCACGACGGCCCUGGAUAAGGAUAAAGCGGCCAAGUUAAAGCGGGACAUGGCAGAGGAUUCCUAUAGCGAUUGUUUGUGCUUGCUGCGGGCGUUCCAGAAGUGGAAUGAGCUAAAACCAUCGAUGAAGGAGCGCCAGUUUUGUAAUCGUUUCUUCCUGAAUUCGGGUACGAUGGAUACCAUCGGAAGCCUGCGAAGUAAGAUUCUCGGCCAUUUGCGGUCGGUGGGUUUGGUCAAAAGCUACGGAGCCGGUAACAUUCAAGAUCUGAACCAGAACUCAGACAACUGGGCCGUGGUGAAGGCGUGCCUGGUGGCCGGUUUGUAUCCGAACAUCUGUCGCGUGGACAAAGAAAAUGCCACGAUUAAGACAAGGAUCGACAAGAAGAUCAGUCCACAUCCUAGCUCGGUGAUCAGAGACAAAUCUCUGAAGAAGAACAAGGAAAGCAUCCUAUCGCUUCCAUCGGAGUGGAUCAUCUUCGAGGAGAAAACGAGAGCGGGAAUUCACUGCCUGAUCAAGUGCAAUACUGUAGUAGCGCCAGUGACGAUCGCGCUCUUUUGCGGUCCGCUGUUCUUAAACGAAGAGGAAUCGCUUAUCUCGUGGAAGGAUCUGGAUGAAUCGAAUUCGGACUACGACGAGCAUGACAUGUCCGACAAGAGCAAGCUGAUCGUGGACGAUUGGAUUAACUUUGCUGUGGACAGCAACUUCGGUACCUCGGUGUUUCAUUUUCGACACAAGCUGAGUGCGCUCUUCCUCAAGUUCAUCAGCCACCCGAGAUCAUAUCAGCCGAACGCGAACGACUUGUACCUGUUGAACACGGUGGCCCAGCUGCUGAAAGAUGAAGACCGUCAUCUCGGAUUCGCCGGCCACAGCAACAUUGGCCAGAAGCCUCGACCUGUGAUACAGAACCACCUGAAUGUGAACGGUGGCGUCGGAAAUGCUUUCAAUUUCUCGGCGAACGAUUUCAAGCUGGCUGCCAGCAGUCACAACAACAGCAACAAUGGCAAUGGAAACAGCAGCCACAACAAUAGCAGCAACAACAAACAUCAGAAUAGGCACCAGCAGCAGCAUCAUCACGGGAACAAGCAGCAAAAUAACAACAACAGGAAGGGGGAACCCAAAGUCCGAUACUUUAUCGUGCAUGCGACGUCCAUAAUGCAGAUCCAGCUGGUGGCCGAGAGUCCAGAUGGAUGGAGUUUCACGCCAUCGUUGCAACCGAAACUUAUCAAACUACUUAAGAAACAACCAAAUCUCAGCAUCAUCCUGUUUUUCCACAUAUCACAGAGCAAAUGCUUCUACGGAGCAGGUCGGCUGACGAUGGUUGCCAAUCGGACCCAUCUGAAUCUAUUUUCCAAGAACACGGUCUCAUUUGAAACGCUAAGUACCUUCGAGAAAAGUUUUAUGCGGGGCAGAGUGCUGGAAGAGUACCUCGAUGGAGAGGAACUGUCGCCCUCGAGUGGACACGAGCUGAUGGAAUUCUUCAAGUAGAUCUUGAAGCGUCUCGUUCUCUAUCUUCGAACACCCGUAACCCGUAUAGCUAAUACACAAAGAAAAAAAAACAAAGGUUGCAAUGAUAUUCAAAUUUCAACACUGUAACAUAAAGUAAUUUUAUCACAAAUGGUAUGGUAAAACAAGGUAAAACAUUUUCUCAUUCGAACCAGAAUACAAAGUUAUAAACUAUAACAAAGUAAUAGAGACAUAUGGGUAAUAAUGAGUAACCCCAAUAGCAUUCAGCGAUUGUUAGAACGCGGAAUUCAUACGUGUGAACGUACGCGCCACACGGCUCUCUCUCUCUAUGAUUAUCUUGUUUGGAUUAUUGUAUCUCAAGACACUCGUGUGAAGAAACGAAAUAACUAAAUAAUAUUAGGUAUUCGAUUUGAGCCCAAGUAACAAGAUACUUACCGUUGAAACAAAACCUUUACAAAACAGCACGCGGAUUAAUUGCAAUUCUUAAACGUGGUGGCAAUUGCGGACGAUUGCAAUCCUCGACAAACCAGAAUACAAAGAAAAAACUGCAAAUGUACUGUUUAAUUUAAAUUAAAUUAAAUUGUAAAAGUGGAAUAAAACUGAAAACUUUUAAAGUUAUCAAUGUGAAAGAAUGACAAGUUAAAA